GAAAGUGCCAUUUCCCGUCGCUGUUAAAAGACCGGUCUACGCGGCAGUAUCUCUGUUUAAGAGUGUUUCAGACUUUUGACGGGGGAAACGUGAACGUCUCACAAAUGGCUAAAAGUGAUGGCAGUUCAUAUUUUAGGAGGUCCAGUCUCUUCUGGAUAGUAACUGUAACUCUAUCCAUGAGCUACUACACAUGGGCUGUGUUUUGGCCACAACAAAUCCCUUAUGACACGUUGGGGCCACUUGGUGAUCUCACACAGUAUCUGGUCAAAGAAUAUCACAGUUUCAUGUACAAGGGAUGGUGGAUUUCUUGGGCUGUCCAUCUGUGUGAAGCUAUGCUGGCACUAAAAGUAUGCAGUGAUAAAGGCAUCGACGAUCCAUCAACACGGCUCCUGUGGUUUGUUCAGACCUUUUUGUUUGGCUUUGCAUCCCUGGGUUUACUCCUGAAAUACAAGGCUGGCGGUCGUGCCAAACGUCACUGAGCAGCUUCAGAUGUGCACAGCUCCAAAAA